AUGCUGUUUAAUGUUCGGUCCCUGUUCAAUGUUGGGAAUGCAAGCAAGAUCAGCAAGCAUCUGGUGCAAUGUAUUCGAUACAGGCAUGGGCAACAACCUACUAAAACUCCCACCCAGUUGAAAGGCCGGGACCUUCUGACACUGCAAAAUUAUUCAGCUGAAGACAUCAAAUAUUUGUUGUGGGUGGCAGCAGAUCUGAAGGAAAGAAUCAAAUGUAAAGGAGAGUAUUUGCCUUUGCUGCAAGGAAAAUCAUUGGCUAUGAUUUUUGAGAAAAGAAGUACAAGGACUAGAUUAUCUACAGAGACAGGAUUUGCUGUCCUUGGUGGCCAUCCCUGUUUCCUCACAACACAAGAUAUUCACCUGGGCAUUAAUGAAAGCAUUACUGACACAGCUCGGGUAUUGUCAACCAUGACAGAUGCGAUCCUGGCACGAGUGUAUAAACACGUUGAUCUGGAGGUGCUGGCACAACAGGCCACAAUCCCAGUGAUAAAUGGACUGUCUGAUUCUGACCAUCCCCUCCAGAUUUUAGCUGAUUACCUUACACUCCAGGAACACUAUGGAUCUUUGAAUGGAUUGACCCUAAGUUGGAUAGGUGAUGGAAAUAAUGUCCUAAACUCCAUUAUGCUUAGUGCUGCUAAAUUUGGGAUGAAUCUGCAUAUUGCUACUCCAAAGGGUUUUGAGCCGGAUCCCAUGGUCACCAAAAUAGCGGAACAGGAGUCCAUAAAGCACCGCACCAAGUUGUUUCUCACCAGUGUCCCUAAUGAAGCUGCCAAAGGAGCCAAUGUUUUGAUCACAGACACAUGGAUAAGCAUGGGGCAAGAGGCAGAAAAAGAAGAGAGACUGAGGGCUUUCCAGGGUUAUCAGAUCACAAUGAAGACUGCAAAAGUGGCUGCUGCUGAUUGGACAUUUUUACACUGCUUACCCAGAAAGCCAGAAGAAGUUGAUGAUGAAGUGUUUUAUUCUCCACAGUCGCUGGUUUUCCAAGAGGCUGAAAACAGGAAGUGGACAGUUAUGGCUGUCAUGGUGUCCCUGCUGACAGAUUACUCACCACAGCUGCUGAAGCCUACAUUUUGAUCCUUGGAUUUCUGCCAAGAGAAAAGAUUCCUUACCAGCAUGCACCAUUCUGGUCCAUGAAG